UGGCUGAUUGACACGCACAUGGAUGCUGGGAUUAAUCUCUUAAGACUCCGGUACACGAAGCACCCAGAAUGGUUUAGGUCGGACAGAAUUUGCCUGCUGGAUACUGCGUUCACUCAAAUUUGGUCAGCAAAGUACAAAGAGUUUUUGAACUCUCCUGCCAAUCCCGACGGCUCAGGUAAACUGCUCCCGUCCGGGGCCUUAUACUACUACACUGGCGAGCACCCAGCUUAUUGCAGAUCAGACAAAACAUGGGUGCUAGAGAUUGAUGAUAUAUAUGUGCCAUUGUUUAUCAACGAGGAUCAUUGGGUAGCUUGUUGGAUAUCAAUCCCGAGGAGACACAUAGUGAUUUGGGACAGUUUUGUUGGUCACACCGACGAUAAGGAAAUUGCCGAGGCUGUGAAGCCUAUUGCGCACAUGCUGCCGUACAUGCUGCAUAUGCUAUCUCGCGGUGAGGACAGGGAGUUGUACACGGUUGAUUUCACACAUGAGAGGGUCCCAGCAACCGAGACACCACAGAAUGUACAAAGUGGUGAUUGUGGAGUGUACUGUUUGAAGUACAUAGAAUGUCAUGCACUUGGCUUGGCAUUCCCGUUUCAUGACUUCUGUGAUAAGAAUGUGAAACAAAUGAGGGCGAAGCUAGCGGCAGAGAUAUUUGACGAGACCAACAUAAACGGCACAGAAACUAGAGAGUACAAAACUGCACUUGUUUAUGAGUAAGGUUUGCAGUUCACUUUUGGGGUAGAAUUGGAGGAAAGUUUGAAGUUUUUUUGGGU